AAUCAUGGGGAAUGUGCCCCUCUGAUGCUGCAAGCAGAUGCUCCUCCUCUUCUGUGCAGCAGCAGCCCAGCUGCCACAAGAAAGGAUUUGGGUUAGGUCCACUGCCCUUUGCUGAUGGGCUCCAGUAGCCCCCAGGAAGCACAGGAGAAGAGUUUCAAAGCAGAAAUCAGAGGAGGAAGAGAAAAGGAAGUCUGGUUCCUGAAAAUCUCCAAGCUGGCACUGGCUUUUGCAAUUAUCCACUCCAAGCCAGCAGGGCAGAGUUGCAGAGAAUACAUUGAGCACCUUGCCAGGGCUGCAUCCGAGCCUGAGCAGGGCUGGAAAUCCAGAGCUGAAGCGCUGGAGGCUGAAGUUCUUCGCUUGCGUCAGGAGCUGCUUCUACACAAGAUCUGUCCAAGAUUCUGCCUGGAAAAUGGAAAACCAGAUGCCUCUGCUAAAACCCUUGUGGAUCAGGAGUGUACAAUCCCUACGAGCUCCUCCAGCCAGCUGGAAGACUCUGGGUGCGACGUCUCCAGCGAGUGCGCCUUCGAUUCCUUCGGCGCAGCUUCCGCGCUUCACCAGCCUGCGCGCGACGGCGGCGCUUCCAAACCGUGGCUGGAAAGAGCUCUCCCACUGAACCUUUGCAGCCCUAGCAGGGAGGAAUCUCUGGCUGCUCCAGUGCAGUUUCUGCAACACCUGCUUGAAAUCAGGCAGCUGUCAGAAGGAGGAAUUCUCCAAGCAGACUUCGCGGAGCUUGAGAAGGAUUCUUCCGCCGUAUGCCACUCGGUGUCUCGCUUGCUUGAGGGACUGACUGUUUUUUACAGCCAGCCUGCAUUCCCAUUCUCAGGUUUCCUCACUGAGGCUGUGGGUGUUUUGGUCAGUGUGCUAACUGACACUAAACUUUCUAAUCAUGUUUUGAAGAAGUGUUUCAGGAAGCUGGAAGAAUUCGAGAAGAGUCUGAUCCAGAUUAUUUUAAGGGCCAGCAGUGUCAACAGGUUUCAGGCCCUGCAUGCUAUAGCACACACCCUGGUUUUGCUGGCAAGGAACAACCUCUUAAGGAAAUCCUUAAUAUCUCUUCUGCUGCCAGAAGUUCGUCAGGUUGCUGAGCAGCUGCUGCAAGCUCACCAGCUGCAGGCCGAGUGGGACAUCACCCAGUAUGAGAACAUUUUCCCUCUGUGCAUGGUUCUGGAGCAACUUCUUCAAAAGGAGGCAGAAGGCAGCAAGGUUUCCAGCUCAGAGUGCGACGAAGGAGGGAGAAGCAGAUUCCUGGAGGACCUUGAUCGAGUUGUUCUUUGUCUGUCAGAUGAAUUCCCCUUGUUUUCUAUCUGCCUGUGGAGAGUGAGUGUGCUUUUGAACCCAGCUCCAGCACCAAUGGAUUAAACCCCAGC